UUCAAAAGUCGGAUACUCGCAGAUGGAUGGGCUGGGGAACCUCCGGUUUGUAAAAUUCAUAACUUCUUCCUCCGUGAAGCUUUUCUUGUAAUUCCAAGUCUCAGUAAAUCCUUGAUGAGUUGGCCUUCUCGGAAAAUUGUAUUCAUGACAAAAUAACUUUUGGUGGUUGAGAUAUUCGUCUGGGACUGGACCUCUGUCGCUGGUACCUCCAAAGUGGCCGGUUUGUGCAGGUUGGUUGACCUCCGGUUCAGCUACUGGUUUGAUGACCACAUCAAUUACCAAUCAGUAUGAUUUCGUCCCUAGGGCGAUGACGUCGAAUCUUCCACCGGCGGUUCUCCCCAACAACAAUCCGGCGAUAACGUCGAAUCUUCCACCAGCGGUUCUCCGCAACAACAAUCCGGCGCUGUCGGUUAGGGAUUAUCCACCUCCGAGGCAACUCUUUUUCUAGCUCCACGUUCCCACCUUCUCGAUUGCUCCUCCGGUGCCUCAAGCUCGAGUUCCUCAAUCUUCUGGCAGUGAAGCUCAUUCAAAUCCUCAACCUGGGCAGACACAAUCUCCAUCUCCUCCACUUGAAGAAUCUCCAUCGUCUCCACUUCAUGUAGCUCCAUCGCCUCACAGUUCUCAAGCACAAAACUCUCAUGAAGACCCUGAAGAACUUCUGAGUUCGAAGCUCUAGUUGAACCUGAUCUCUCCGAGGACGUGAUGGAUUUAAUAAACUCGAUGCUAGCCCAACCAGGCCGAGAGCAGUUCACAACGGUCCUGUCUCGCAACCUCGAGCCUAAUACAACAUGGUUUGGUUAUGACAAGUCCAGCUUGACCCAUAAGAUAUCCAAGAUUAUGAAAAAGAAAUUUAAUAAGCCAUUCUAUAGCUGGACCUGUGUGCCUAAAGACAGACAAGAAAGAUACUUUGUUGAAUUUGUGAAAUCACACACAUGGAAUCCCUUUGUAACCGGUCUUGUUCAAGAACACUUCGAAUCCAUUUGUCAGCUUCGAAUGAAGGGUAUGGUCAGUGAUGUAAGGACCUCUCGAGAGCAACCGAAUUGGAUAGGAGAUUCACUCUGGAAGCAAAUGACUGCUUAUUGGGACACUAAUGCAGCAGUGGUAAAGAGUAAAAAGGCAUCAGCAGCCCGAAAGUCUGAGCGUAAUGGUCUUGGUAUUCACAAGCAUAACUCAGAGCAGAAGUCCUAUAUGCAAAUCGAACAGGAGCUGACAGUGGAGUUGGGAAGACCUGCGAGUUUUGGUGAAGUAUUCAUCAAGGCUCAUACAAAAAAAGAUGGAACCUAUGUUGAUUUCAAAGCAGAAAAAGUUAUUGAGGCUUACAAAAGGAAGAAGGAAGAGAAGUUGGCUGACCUUGCGAAGGAUAGCACUGAAAUCUCAGAUGAGCAACAGCCACUGCUAUCAGUAGAAGAGGACAAUGAGCUGUUUAUUCAGUCUGCAAUGACAGAGGAGAUCUUUUUGGUAUUGGAAGCUUGAAGAAGAAGCUUAAGCGGAAACCAAAUGACCCCAGCAGCUCUGUUUCUUUCCUGCACAUGCAAAAGAAGCUUGAAGAAGCUGAACGCAAGAUAGAAGAACAAGCUGCCCUUAUUGCCAAGGCUGAGGAAGACCGUGCUAGGGUUGAAGCUGCUAACCAGGCUAAGAUGGCUGAGUUCACCCUUAUGCACAAGUAUAUGCGUUCAACUGACCCAAGGUACCUUGCUUUCAUUGCCUCUGAAGCAUCAUCAUCGCCAGCUCCUUCUGAUCAGUAGAAGCUAAGUUGUGUUUUCUUAGCUUUUAGUUAACUUAACUUAUGGUGUUUGGUAUUUUGAACAUAAAACAACUCAAGUGUUGGAGUUGUUAUCUGAUCUUAUGUACCUUUUUGGAAAGGAAACAACUUUAGUGUUGGAGU